AUGGAUAAAACAUACAAGAAUGGCAAGGUUUGGAGACACUGUGAAUUUGGUAGCAUUACACUAGAGCCAUGGCUGGUUUUUCUAGACAAACAGUCAUUCACUGAAGUUAUUAAGAAUUUUUGUGUACAAGAAGGGUUUGGAGUCUUUCUUGAAAAGAGUGACCCUCAAAGGUUUAUAGCAAGAUGUGCUAUUGAUGGCUGCAACUGGAGAAUUCAUGCUUCAACAAUGCCUGACAAAACAUCUGCAGUCACAUAUUCAAGCCAAUCCAGACAUUCCAGUAGAGUCUUUGCAAAGAAUAUGUAUGGAAAGGUACAGAAUUCAUGUGAAAAAAGGUUGUUUUACAAGGUGAAAGCAGUUUCCAAGGAGAUGAUUCAUGGUGGCUUUGGAGAGGCAUACAGUCUCCUUCCAAGAUAUGCUGAGAUGGUGAAAGAGACCAAUCCAGGAAGUUAUGCACUAGUGACAUGGACACAGUUAUCUGCAAAUGUCCAACCUAGGUUCAAGGCAUGCUUCUUCUCCUUUGCUGCCCAAGUUAGAGGCUUUUUGAGAGGGUGUAGGCCUAUCAUUGGCAUUGAUGGGGCCCAUCUAAGUGGUUAUUAUAAGGGGAUUCUGCUAACAGCAGUUGGAAUUGAUGGGAACAAUGAGAUCUUUGUGUUUGCUUAUGGCAUUAGUAAGCACAGAGAGUGUUGA